CCCCUCCCCCGCCUCUCCCUCUCGAGCUGAAAGUCCUCUCUCUCCAACCACUGAACCGCCUUCACCUCUCAGGUCUGCCGCUGCAACCAUGGAGAGUCGCAUAUAAAAGAUCAUUAAAUCUUUUAUCCGCUCCUCUUUAAUACGAUUGCACUCAAUAAGAUAAGAAAACAAAGAUAACCCAGAACCAGAAACAAGGCUCGAUUAUUCUCAUUCUUUAGACAAGCACCCAAAAAACAUGAGUCACCUAAUUUAAAGUAACACCAAUCAUCUUAUUCCUACACCUUUGAACGCACUAAAACCCAAGAGCGGAAUCACAGUGCCCCUUUCCCUUUGCUGUCGUCAAUGUCAUCCACCCAUAAAUGUUGAUCCAUUGGUACCCAAGGUUUUUGGAUGUGAGAGACUAAAGAGAGACCAGUUUGAGGUGACUGAUCUAGUUUGGAUACUGGAGUACGGGGCAAGAAGGAUUUUCUCAAGGAUUGGAUUGACUCUUCGGUUUUCAAUUCAUCGCAGUGUCAAUAGAAGAGAGUGGAUGAGUGAAUUCAGGUGGGUUAAGCAUCGAGAUUUAGGUGUUCUUAAGCUUCAACUUUAGUUUUUAACAAUUAGCGAUGCCGUUAAAUCUCAUUGUUUUGCUUUUGGAUGAGAAAACUAGACACUCAAUUAUACAAAUGAGUCAUGUCCAGUUUUUACAUUUAUGAUCAUGUCUUAUGAUGAGUGUUUGCAGCGGUAGAUCUUCACGGUUGCAGUAUUAUGAGAGGCAGAGGCGAUUGGAGAGAGAGAGGAGUUCGAGGGGAGACUGGAGAGAUUUGAAACUUGAGAAGCGGGAUUUUUUUUUAAUCCAAACGUCCGUUAAUGGUCUUUGACUCCAUUAAGUUUAAUGGUCGUAAGCAAGAAUGAUGUGGCACAAAUUCUUUUGCAGUUGUAGAAAUUUUUCUGCAACACGGAUGCAGAGGAUGUGAGCUCGAAUUCUUCGGCUGAAGGAACAACUAACAGUCUAACACCCAUGAAAAGAUUGAAUUUAUAAUUGAUGGUGGUGUCAUCCUUGGGCGAAGCGAGGAUAUCUUUCGAGUUCGUGAUGUGAAACCAGACCAGGACAUAUUACUUAUAACAGUUACAACUUGGAGACAGGGUGAAGAAGGUGAAGGCAGGACUCUGUCUAAGGUCAGUGACAACUUGGAGAUAGGGUGAAGAAGGUCAGUGACAGUGGGUUACCAACUGAUUUGGAUCUAAGCGCAACAGCCCGCUCUGUCUAAGGAGGAUGCCAUAUUGCCAUCCAUGAAAACCCAACUGCUUAUUGAGCAUUGUACGCAUUCAGAGGGGAUAUUCUUGGCUCUUGCACUCAUUGGUUGUGGGUACUGGGAACCAGACACCAACUUCUCCUAUUUGCUGUAUAAAUAUCUCUGCAUUAUGGUCGGGUUGGGUUCAAGCUUGCCGAGCCAGGUUAAAAUCACAUUAUGAUUCACCUGAUUGUAUUGCGUGUGAGCAAUCCCUUGACGCUUAUCGGGUAUUGCGGGAGGAGGACGACUCCGGCGGUGGGUCCCAAUCCUAUCAAUGAGAGAAACGCGACAAAGUGGUGCAAGUAAUAAAACUGGUUUCUCCCCACCACCGAGUUAGUACCACCCACUCCACCCUCGUAGAAAGAUAAAACAAAAUGAACGUUGUUGCUGCAUUUUCGUACCUCUGUCUUAUAGUCUCUCUAUUGCCCACUUCAAUAUUUGCUCAAUUAGUUUUUCAGGGGUUUAAUUGGGAGUCGUGGAAGAAGGAAGGAGGAUGGUACAACUCACUGAGGAACUCCAUCCCUGAACUGGCUAAUGCUGGCGUUACACAUGUUUGGCUUCCUCCUCCCUCUCAUUCAGUCUCGUCCGAAGGAUACUUGCCAGGAAGACUGUAUGAUCUAGACUCUUCAAGAUAUGGGAACAAGGAUGAAUUGAGGACACUGAUAAAUGCUUUCCAUAAAGUGGGGAUCCAAUGCAUUGCAGACAUAGUUAUAAACCAUAGAUGUGCAGAGAAGCAAGAUGCAAGAGGAAUAUGGUGUAUUUUUGAAGGAGGAACCCCAGAUGACAGGCUUGACUGGGGCCCAUCCUUCAUAUGCAGUGAUGACAAACAAUAUUCUGAUGGAACAGGGAAUCCUGAUACUGGGGCUGGAUAUGACAUUGCUCCAGAUAUUGACCAUGCCAAUCCAAGAGUCCAAAGAGAGCUUUCUGAUUGGAUGAAUUGGCUGAAGAGUGAAAUUGGUUUUAAUGGAUGGAGAUUUGAUUUUGCAAAGGGAUAUGCCCCAUAUAUUACCAAAAUCUACAUGGAACAGACCCAUCCAAAUUUUGCAGUCAUGGAGAUUUGGAAUUCUCUUUCAUAUGGACAAGAUGGGAAACCAGAGUACAAUCAGGACAAGCACCGUUAUGAGAUGGUUGAAUGGGUACAAGCUGCAGGUGGUGCUGUAAAGGCCUUUGAUUUCACAACAAAGGGGAUCCUCCAAGCUGCAGUGCAGGGGGAGCUGUGGAGGAUGAAGGACUCCAAGGGAGGGGCACCAGGAAUGAUUGGAGUGCUCCCAGAAAAUGCUGUCACUUUCGUUGACAAUCAUGAUACAGGGUCCACACAGCAUCUCUGGCCAUUCCCAGCCGACAAAGUCAUGCAAGGAUAUGUUUACAUUCUCACUCAUCCAGGGAUUCCAUCAAUAUUCUAUGAUCACUUCUUCAACUGGGGACUGAAGGAGGAGAUUGUUAAAUUGGUUGCAAUCAGGACCAGGAAUGGGAUACGACCAAAUAGCACCCUACGUAUAAUAGCCUUUAAUCCUGAUCUCUACCUGGCAGCAAUUGAUGAGAAGAUUAUUGCCAAAAUUGGAUCAAGGUAUGAUGUUGGGAACCUUGUUCCGCCAACCUUCCAAAUUGCUACCUCAGGAAAUGACUAUUGUGUGUGGGAGAAAAAAGGUUAUAUGAACCUUUUCUGUUCGAUUUCCGCCGGCCGUCUCCUUCGUCUCUCCAAAUCAAACUCCACUGUCGUAAAAUCCCCUGUUCACACUCUUACCUCUUAUGACACUCUUUUCACUCCAAAUCCCAAUGUCUCUCUUUGGAAUUCUGUCAUUAGAUCUUGCAUGGAAGACAAGAAUUCAAGAUGGGCACUCGUUCUCUUUCGCAAAUUGUUGCGGUACGGCGUAAAACCAAACGGUCAUACUUUCUCCUUACUCAUCAAGUCUUGUGCUUUUUCUUCGUCUGUUUCGGAUUCUCUCGCUGCAAUACAAGAAGCAAAUCAGAUUCAAACUUACCUCAUCAAAACUGGUUUCGACCGUUUCGUUCAUGUGGGUACUGCUCUUCUCGAUCUUUAUGCCAAAAAUGGGUGCGUGUUCACUGCUCACCAAUUAUUCGAGGACAUGCCUGAUAGAGACCUUGUCUCUUGGAAUGCAUUAAUUUGUGGAUAUUCGCGUAACGGGUAUGAUGCCGAGGCCUUGGAAGUCUUCAUCGAAUUGUUAAGACAGGGCCUCAGCCCUUGUCGAACAACGCUAGUCUGUGUAAUACCCUCUUGUGCUCAACCUGAAUUACUGUAUCAAGGAAAAUCCGUUCAUGGAGUUGGAGUUAAGGCAGCACUUGAUUUGGACUCCCGUGUGAAGAACGCACUUACCUCUAUGUAUGCAAAAUGUGCAGAUUUGGGUGCAGCGAAGAUUUUAUUUGAAGGAAUGUCCGAAAAGUGCGUCAUUUCAUGGAAUACAAUGAUUGCUGCGUAUGGCCAAACUGGUUAUUUUGAUGAGGCAUUUCUUGUCUUCAAAAUAAUGCAUGAGGAAAGUAUAGGAGCCAAUUCAGUUACCAUCGUAAGUCUUCUAUCGGCAAAUGGUCAUCUGGAUUCUAUCCAUUCGUUUGCCAUUAAAACUGGUCUUGACACUGAUGCAUCUGUAAUUACAUCACUAAUCUGUACGUAUGCAAACUGUGGGAAGACAGAAUCAGCAAGAUUGCUUUAUGGGUCGAUGCCCUACAAAAACAUAGUUUCAUUAACUGCAAUCAUUUCAAGCUAUGCUGAGAAAGGGGAUUUGGGUUCGGCAAUGGAUUGUUUCUCAGAGAUGCAGAGGUUAGAGAUGAAAGCAGAUUCAAUUUCCAUAGUCAGCAUCCUUAAUGGAUUCACUAAUCCUUCUUAUGUUCGGGUUGGGGUUGCAUUCCACGGCUAUGGAAUCAAAAGCGGGUUGUGUUCUUAUACUAUGGUGACAAAUGAACUCAUAUGCAUGUAUGGCAAGUUUGAUGACAUAGAUGCUGCUUUUUCUUUGUUUCUUGAGAUGCAUGGAAGGCCAUUGAUCAGUUGGAAUUCAAUCAUUUCUUGUUGUGUACAGGCUGGAAGAUCAACCGAUGCCAUGGAACUGUUCUUCCAGAUGAAAAUGUUUGGAUACAGUCCAGAUUUAAUCACCAUGGCCACUGUUUUAUCAGGAUGUUCCCAGCAGGGGUCCUUGCAGUUUGGGAGGAGAAUACAUACAUACAUUCUUAGAAACAAUUUAGAAGUGGAGGAAUUUAUUGGGACAGCCCUUAUAGACAUGUAUGCCAAGUGUGGAAGCAUAGAGAGUGCAGAAAGGGUUUUUAAAAGCAUUGAAAAGCCAUGCUUGGCAACUUGGAACGCAAUGAUAUCAGGUUACGGUUUGUAUGGUUUGGAAAAUCAAUCUCUGGCUUGUUACUCAAAAAUGCUAGGACAAGGUCUAGAACCAGACGAGAUCACAUUUUUAGGAGUAUUAUCUACUUGUAGCCAUGCAGGGCUUGUCCAUGAAGGACAAAGAUACUUCAGGAUCAUGACUGAGGAGUUUGGUGUGAGUCCAGGAAUGCAACAUUAUGCUUGCAUGGUUGACCUACUUGGGCGUGCAGGUUUAUUGGGCGAAGCAAUCGACUUUAUCAAGAAAAUGAAGAUCAGGCCCGACUCUGUGGUCUGGGGAGCUUUGCUUGGCGCAAGUUGCAUCUACCAAGAGGUCGAGCUCGGGGAAUGCCUAGCUAAGUGGAUCAUCCUCUCGGAUUGCCAUCACGGUGGGCUAUAUGUGUUGAUGUCCAAUCUUUAUGCUGCUGCAGGGAGGUGGGAUGAUGUAGCCAGGGUGAGGGAGAUGAUGAGAAGUACAGCUGAAGAGGAUGGAUGUUCAGGAACUAGCUUAAUUGAGGUGACUUCCUUUUGAUCAUUACAGAAA